AUGAUGCAGCAACCAAAAUGGCUGCAUGCUUCUGGUACAGAGCAAAAGUCCCGAAUGACGACUAAAGUGGUUCUUUUUAUCUUCGCGACAGUGUACAUCGCGGCUGUGGUUGUACUACGAAAUCUCGCCUGGCGGGACCCAACAUCCAAAUUCUUCAACCCCGACGCAGCAUACCUGCCGCAGUAUUCAGAAGUGCGGUGGUAUCAGACCGAGAAAUUCUUGGCUAAUGCUACAUCGAGCUCACUGGAUCACUAUUCUGCCUCGAACACUACCCUUCCGGAACUUUGCAUUGGCGUGCCGACAGUCGCGAGGAAAGGUGCGCAGUACCUACGGACAGCACUUGGCUCUCUCCUAGAAGGUCUCAGAGUCUCCGAAAGGAAUCGCAUCAAUUUGAUCGUGUUCAUCGCCGAGCUCGACCCAGCAGACCACCCAGCUUAUCGUAAACCGUGGCUCACCGAGCUCGUUGACACGACACUGCUUUACGAUUUACCGACUGAUGAGCUACAGAGACUGGGGAACAUGGACGAUCAGCACAAGAGCGCCUUCGACUAUCGCUACCUUCUCAACGCCUGCCACGCGACCGGUGCUCCCUACGUGGCUUUGAUCGAGGACGACGUGCUAGCAAGCAGUGGCUGGUUGAGGAGGACUAUGGCCGGUCUUGAUCGGAUCACAUCCAAGAUUACUACAAGCGAAUGGUUAUACUUGCGACUCUUCUACACCGAGACGUACUUUGGCUGGAACGACGGAGAUCUAUUCGAGCAUGUGGCCUGGUCACUUCUGCUCAUCGCCAGCGUAGCCCUGUCGCUGCUUGCAACACACCUUUUUGCCCCCAAGUCUCGGGCCUACAUCAGCAACAUCCUAGUGAUCAGUCUAUGCUGCAUUUGCGCACCACUUUGCAUCACGCUCUUCUUCCUCGCUGGACGAGUCACCAUAUUUCCCUUCGCCAAUGGAGUGCAUAAGAUGGACAAGUACGGCUGCUGCUCUCAAGGUCUAGUCUUCAACAGACCAGAAAUUCCUGCUCUGCUUGACAUGCUCUCUGGCGAGAGUGGGCUCUUCUUCGACAUGCGGGUAGAGCAAUAUGCCGACGAGCAUGGGUUGGAUCGAUGGGCACUUCAGCCGCCAGUAUUGCAGCAUAUGGGCAUCAAGAGCUCGUCUGAUGGAGGGCUCAAAUCGAAGAAUGCGAGGAAAGUGUGGAGCUUUGCGUUUGAGCGAACGAAGGACAAUCGUGGUCCGGAGAAUGAAGAGCUGAGGGUGUAG